UGACGCUCAAACCUUACAUCGACAGAGAGUCGUCGUCUUCUGCUUGUUCUUCACCUUCCACCAGACAACAACACAAAGACAGCACACUCUCUGUCUCUCUCUCACUCACACACAGACAGACAGACGACGAUAACGGCCGUUUUGCAGUCUCCAGUUGGACGGAGUGACGCGUGAAGAACUUAAAACCUUUAAAGUCUAUUCAGACACAACAACUCCACCGCCACCAUGUUUGAGGCUCGACUGGUCCAAGGCUCCAUCCUGAAGAAGGUGCUUGAGGCUCUGAAGGAUCUGAUCACGGAGGCCUGCUGGGACGUCAGCUCCUCCGGCAUCUCGCUGCAGAGUAUGGACUCGUCUCACGUCUCCCUGGUGCAGCUCACACUGCGGCACGACGGCUUCGACUCGUACCGGUGCGACAGGAACCUCGCCAUGGGAGUGAACCUCAGCAGUAUGUCCAAAAUCCUGAAGUGUGCUGGAAACGAGGACAUCAUCACCCUCAGGGCAGAAGACAAUGCAGACACUCUCGCCCUCGUGUUUGAGACCAUCAACCAGGAGAAAGUCUCAGAUUAUGAGAUGAAACUGAUGGACCUGGAUGUGGAGCAGCUGGGUAUUCCAGAACCAGAGUACAGUUGUGUGGUGAAGAUGCCAUCUGGAGAGUUUGCCCGUAUCUGCAGAGAUUUGUCUCAGAUCGGCGAUGCCGUCAUGAUCUCCUGCGCCAAGGAUGGAGUCAAGUUCUCUGCCUCAGGAGAGCUGGGCACAGGAAACAUCAAGCUGUCGCAGACCAGCAAUGUAGACAAGGAGGAGGAGGCGGUGACAAUUGAGAUGAACGAACCAGUCCAGCUGAUUUUUGCCCUCAACUACUUAAACUUCUUUACCAAGGCCACACCACUGUCCAAGACUGUCACACUCAGCAUGUCUGCUGACAUCCCACUCGUGGUCGAGUACAAGAUCGCUGACAUGGGACACGUAAAAUACUACCUGGCACCUAAGAUCGAUGAAGAGGCUUCCUAAACACCCUUUCAUAAAAGCUCAAAGUGGGAGAAUAGAGAAAAGCAGGUGACUGGGACUUAAGUGAUUUCAAAGUGGUGGAUGAUUGUGAUUGUUCUGAGCUUUCAGAUCAUCUCCUCUGAGAUUGCACACACACACACAGUGCUUUUAUUCUGAAGGUGUGUUCAGAGCAGCUGGCUGUUUUUCAUUCAGCCCCAGUGUAAAGUCAGCACUUGGUCACUCCUUUGUGUCUCUAUUUUUCCUGUUUUGGGAAAUAUUCCAGCUGCCACGCUCUCUCUUGUAGAUAACACAUUUGUAAAUACUUUCUGUGGUUCCGCACUGUCCAGUCAACCGCCCCAAUGUUUUUGUAUUCAUCAAAUCAGUCCAAAAUAAAUGAUUAAAGUUGUUUCCAAUUUCCA